CACACAAUGACGUCAAGGUCGACGACAACAACAAAACAGCAGUGAGACAGAAGGAGACAGUGAGACAGUGCAGGGUGUUAGCCUGUGUGAGGACAUUUAGCAUACGGAUGACAUUAGCAUUUCAGGGCUUCUACACGGUAAGCGUGGAUAUAAAGCAGGUUUUAAAAGGGAAUAGGGACUGGUUUUAAGCUGCAUGGUUUUUAUGACUAGGAGAAGAGUGUGUGUGUGUGUGUUUACUGCCUGCUUGCCCGGCUGCUAACCCUGCUAGCAUAACACUAUCUGCGGCUAGAACUAGCCCCGGAGAAGGCGAGCUCGUGUCAGUGUGAAGCGGGAUGGACACCGGAUAUUAGCAGGUGUGAAUUGCGGACUAGAUGACGAAGGCAGGCCGCGGGGAAGCAGAGUCUGGAAUUCAACAUGAAGCUGUACGUGUUCCAGGUCAACAACGGGAGCACGCUGACGUUCGACACGGAGCUAGCGGUGCAGACCGUUCUGGACCUCAAGCAUGCAAUCCAGGCGAAGUACAAGAUCGCGGCUCAGCACCAGGUGCUGGUGGUUAACGGUGGGGAGUGCAUGGUGGCUGAGAGGAGGGUGUGUAGCUACAGCGCUGGCACGGACACAAACCCCAUCUUUCUGUUCAACAAAGAGAUGAUUCUGUGUGACCGCGCGCCCACGAUCCCCAAAACCACCUUCUCGGUGGAGAACGAGAUGGAGAUGAAGGUGGAGGAGUCGCUCAUGAUGCCGGCCGUGUUUCACACCGUGGCUUCGCGGACGCAGCUCGCCGUGGAAAUGUUUGAAGUGGCCAAGAAGCUGUGCUCCUUCUGCGAGCGCUUAGUCCACGACGAACACCUGCAGCACCAGGGCUGGGCCGCGAUCAUGGCCAACCUGGACGACUGCACGGCGUCCUAUCAGAAGCUGCUUUCCAAGUUCGACGUGGCCUACACGAACUACCAGCGGGAUUUCGAAGACAUCAAGCUGAAGCUGACUAAGCUCGGGACCGCCGUCUCGGUCAUGGCGAAAAUCCCCCUGCUGGAGUGUCUGACCCGACACAGUUACCGCGAAAGCCUGGAGAAAUUCGCGUCACCACAUCCCAGAGCCGAGGAUGAGCCGGGAGCUGGACGGACCUCCGUGCCGGGCCAGGGAUCUCCUGCAUUAGGAGACACCGUGGCUCACGAUGGGGGGCUGCAGGAGGCGCUGGAGGAGACAGAUAAGGAGGAUGGGCCGUUGUUUAACGUCACGCUGCUGGACUGGAUCAACGUCCAGGAUCGGCCCAAUGACGUCGAGGCUGUAGUGAGGAAGUGCUUCGAUUCCAUCAACAGACUCGACCCACGGAUCAUUCAGCCGUUUCUCGACGAGUGCCGGGACACGAUUACCAAGCUGGAUAAUCAAAACAUGAAGGCCAUCAAGGGUCUGGAGGACCGAUUGUACGCGCUCGACCAAAUGAUCGCCAGCUGCAAGAAGCUAGUGAACGAACAGAAGGAGCUUGCUCAGGGAUUUUUAGCCAAUCAGAUGCGGGCUGAAAACCUGAAGGACAACUCGGUGCUGCCGGACCUGUGCCUGAGUCACGCCAAUCAGCUGAUGAUCAUGCUGACCAACCACCGGAAGCUGCUGGACAUUAAGCAGAAGUGCACAACCGCCAAACAGGAACUGGCCAACAACCUGCAAGUCCGUCUGAAGUGGUGCUGCUACGUGAUGCUUCACGCAGAUCAGGACGGCGAGAAGCUGCAAGCCCUGCUGCGUCUGCUGACUGAGCUGCUGGAGCGGGUGCGCGUUGUGGAGGCGCUCAGUACCGUCCCACAGAUGUACUGCCUGGCCGUGGUGGAGGUGGUGCGCCGGAAGAUGUUCGUCAAACACUACAGAGAGUGGGCAAACGCCCUCGUGAAAGACGGGAAAACCCUCUACGAGGCCGAGAAGGCCAAACGGGAGAUGUUCGGCAAGCUGUUCAGAAAGUCGUUCCUCAGAAACCGGUUGUUCCGAGGACUGGACUCGUGGCCUCCAUCGUCGUUUUGCACAAGAAAGCCUCGCAAGUUUGACUUUGAGCUUCCGGAUAUUUCCCUGAACGACCUGCAGUAUCUGAAGAGCUGCUGUCCUGCUGAAGUGCAACCUUUUCUCAGGGUUCCAUCGCUAUGUGAUUUUGAGCCGUUAAACCAUCACACAGAAGCUCUUCACCACCUAGUCCAAGCAGCCCGUAGUGUAGACGAAAUGUCCCAGACGAUAACGGACCUACUGAGCGAACUGAAGAUUUCCGGGAGCCAGUGUGCACAGAGACCUGGCUCGGAAAGCAGAGAAGAGACCACGCCCGUCUCCUCGAAAAUCCCACCGCCUCUUAUUUUACAGUCUCCGCCUACUCAGGUGCUCUCCUUUCCAGCUCCCUUAGAAGAUCUGUCCCCCGACAGUAUAGAUGCCCAUACGUUUGACUUUGAGACCAUAGGACACCCCAACAUGGAUCCGGUGCUCCAGCAGGGCUCUCUGGACCUGGACUCUUUAGCCGAGAGCCCGGAGUCCGACUUCAUGUCGGCCGUCAAUGAGUUUGUCAUAGAAGAGAAUGUGAUGUCGCCUAAUCCCAUCAGUGACCCCACAAGUCCUGAGAUGAUGGUCGAGUCGCUGUACUCCUCGGUCAUCAACGCUAUAGACAGCAAAAGGAUCCAAGACACGACCAUGCUCGAAAGAGAAAACUCCAGAAUUAUGACCCUCAAGCUGACCGUCGACAGGUACCGCUUUGCUGCCGAGGAGUCACAGGGUAGCAUGAGGAAAGUUAAGGAGGACCUCUGUCAUUUCCAAGGACUUGUCUUGAAGGAGCAGCGAGACUUCAGCUUUGCCCUGAAAAAUCUGAGCGCAGAAAUUCACGGCAUCGUCAACGACGUUGCCCGUCGUCAGGAAGACGCCCACCAGAAUGAGCUCCAGAAGAUGAAAGAUGAUCACGAGAAGCACGUUCUCCGGCUCGCCGAAGAGCUGGAAGGCAACCACAAGAUUGUCCGGGACAUCCAGAGGGCGAUGCUCGAACUUGAAGGGCUCGUGGAGAGGAAAGAGAAAGAGCUGGCGCAGAUGGAGGGCGAGAGGGAGCGCUUGCUGCAGGAGGCCCGCAACAGCCACGAGCAGGUCGUUCAGGAGCUGGAGCGGAAACUUUCCGAGUGCAGUAAGGCACUCCAAGAUGCUGUGUGUUCCAGAGAAGUCCUUGCCAACCAGCUGGACGGGCUGCAAAUCGAGAUGGAGCAGAAGAUACGGCGAGAGAUGGAGAACGCGGAGAAGAACCAUCUCCAAGACUUGGAAGCUCGUUUGAAAAAGGAGCACAAAGCACAAAUGGAGAUGCUGAAGCAUGAGAAACAAAGCACUGUAGACGCCCUAACCGUUGAAAACCAAGCCAAGCUGAAGGAACUCGCGGAGUCGUACCUGAAGGAACGGAAAGAGCGAGAGAGCCGCUUCAAGGAUUACGAGGCUCAAAUCUGCGAGUUCGUCGACGCCAGGUGCAAACUCGAAGUGGAAAUGGCGCUUAAAGAGACGGAAACGGAAGACUUGCGCCUGCAGUACGAGGAAGCCAAGACCCAGCAGGAAGAGGCUCUUAGGGCCGAGAUGGAGUCACAGACAGCGGCCCUUAAGGAGCAGGUGGAGGCUCUGACACGACAGCUGCAGAAGAAGAACGAGGAGCAUGAGCAGGGCCUCGCCGAGCUGCGCGCUCUCAUGCGCCUCGAGAAGGACCACUGCAUCUCAGAACUGGUGGAGCGGCACGAUGAGGAAAGCACGCUGCUGCGCUACGAGUUCUCCGCGCUCAAGCAGAAGUUCCAGGACGCGGAGAAAGACUGCGAGGAGCGCCUGCAGGAGAUCCAGCAACAACUGAAGGGACAGAUCCGGACUUUGCACGAAGAACGGGAGGUGGAGCGGAGGGCAUUCGAGCACAAGGAGCACGACUUGCAAACCUCUAUCAGCGAUCUGCAGGCAGUCAACACCCUCCUGUCCGGGCGGCUGGAGCAGGAGCGUCAGGAGGCCAGGAGAACGCUGGAGGAGCAGGAGGAUAAGCUUAAAGACGCCUUGUUGCAGAAGGAGGAGCUGGAAGCCAGGCUGGUUGGCAAAAUUCAACUACUUGAAACUGAACUCGAGGAAAGACAUUCCGCUGACAAAGGAGCCGAGGUUGGCGAACGAGAAGGCGCGGGGAUCGCCUUGCAGCAGAGGUUGGAUGAAGAAAGAGCGUCCCUCCUGGGCCAGCUGGAGAAUCUCGAGAAAAAGAAGAACGAGGAGCUGCAAAACCUGAAGACCUCGCUCAUCGCCGAGCAACAGACCAACUUCAACACUGUCCUGACGCGGGAGAAGCUAAAGAAGGAGCAGAUCAUCGCCGAGCUGAGUGAGAAGCUGAAGAUAGUGAUGCUGCAACAGGAGAAAGAUAAGAGUUUGAUCGAGACUCUGUCUGAGGACCGGGCCACCAUCCUGCAGGAGAAGAAACACCUCGAGGAGGAGCUCAACCGACUCCGGAGCUCCGCCCUGGUCUCCUCAGCCUUUUUCGUGGCCAAUCCCGUCACCGUUGUUGUGGAGACGCCCGGAGCGUGUGGUCCUCUCCCGGCCGAAGUUCCCCUCCUGCCGUCCCUGGAUUCCGAGAGGCUGGGGUCCGUGGCCGCUCUUAGAGACGACGACCGGGUGGACUCCGCCGUAGACGCGAGCAUGAUGACCGUCUACGAUAACGCGCCGAUGCUGUCGGAGGAGAAACAGCGGAUCCUGAUGUUGGAAAGGACCCUGCACAUGAAAGAAGAGGAGAACAAGAGGCUCAGCCAGAGACUGAUGUCUCAAAGCAUGUCCUCGGUGUCCUCGAGGCACUCGGAGAAGAUCGCCAUUCGAGAUUUCCAAGUUGGCGAUUUGGUCCUCAUUAUUUUGGACGAGCGGCACGACAAUUACGUCCUGUUCACCGUUGGACCGACGCUCUACUUCCUCCACUCGGAGUCUCUCGCUGCCCUGGACCUCAAACCGGCCACCGGAGCGACGAGACGACCUUGGGUACUGGGGAAGGUCAUGGAGAAAGAAUAUUGCCAGGCCAAAAAGGCCCAAAACCGCUUCAAAGUUCCUCUGGGCACCAAGUUCUACCGGGUAAAAGCCGUGCCAUGGAAUAAGAAGAUGUAAAAAUGUAAAAAAAAAAAAAAGAAAAAAUCUGAAUGUUGAUAUUUUUUUGUUCUUUUUUUUUUUUUUCGGCUGAACAUCUUUUACAAGCAUCACUCGGAUCGUUUCGCCAGCGAAACACCAAACCGCUCUCGUUUUUUUUUUUAUUUAAUUUUCUCUGGCAACCGAUUUUAUUUUCUUAGCAUUAGUAUACAUUUUUUUUGUUUGUUUUGUUUAGAUUUUUUUAAAAAUCUGUUCAUUCAGAGCUUUGUAAAUGUGGACCAAAAUAAUUCCGAACAGGGCAAGUCUGUAAAAUAAAAAAAAAUAAAAAAAAUAAUAAUACAAAAUCUAUUUGGAGGAUGAUAUAUAUAUCUAUAAUAUAGAGUUCGUUAUAAUUCUGAAUGGUAUUAUUAUUUCGUUGACACAUGGAGAUCGAGAGCGUGAUGAGAACGCAGGCUACGAAACACACCCCCCCCAUGCGCACACACACACGAGAUCGAAACUCUGCAUUUUGCUGUAAAUGUUGAUUAGCGAAUGUCCAUAGCAUGCAUAUACAUAUUUUCUUUAACCCUGGGUGUGUCCUAAUCGAAUAUGUAGGUCUAAAAAAAAAAAAAAAAAAUGAUGAAAACGACGCAGUCCCUCUUCGAGCCUUCUGACACCCCCCCAAAAAACAACCCGAAAGCAGCACGUCGAAAAUGAUAGAAAUGACCUACUUCCCUUGCGUUCACGUCUGUUACUUACGCCGUUGUAUAUUAUCCAUCCGAUUGCACAAAAAAAAGAAAAACGACUGUAUUGUAAGAGUUUUCAAACAAUAAAGGUCUGAUCCCACCGA